AUGAAAAACAUGGCAUCAGAUCGCCGUGAGCUGGCCAGACUUGGCAUCACGCACAUCCUGAACUGUGCGCAGAGCAAGUGGUGCGGCGGAGCCGAGCAUUAUGCAGGGAUGAACAUCACAUAUCACGGCAUAGAGGCUCACGACUCCCCAACAUUUGACAUGAGUGUCAAUUUUUACCCUGCUGCAGAGUUCAUCCACAAAGCCCUCUCCAGUGGAGGGAAGGUGCUGGUUCACUGUACUGUGGGAGUGAGCCGCUCAGCCACACUGGUCCUGGCCUACCUGAUGAUCAGACAGAACCUGACCCUGGUGGAGGCCAUCAAGACUGUCAAAGACCACAGAGGCGUCAUCCCCAACCGAGGUUUCCUCCGCCAGCUCAACGGCCUGGACAGCAUCCUGAGAGAGAGCCGGAAGACUGCCCCUCAGAGCUGA